AUGGCCAGGGGCGGGGCCGUCGGGAAGGACGUCGACGUGCAUCAUGACCUCCGCCACGUACCCCGUGGCAUCCACGCAGAAUGGUUCAUAGCCGAGGGCCGCUCCAAGGCGCACGCGGCGUUGCGCCUGCGCCGCAAACGCCCCAGCGACAGUGUUGGGCGUGCUGCCCGCUCGCGGUCACUCAUGAGCCCGGCGGCGCAGCGCCCAGGCCAGCUGCGCCCGGCCUCCACCACGCAGGGCGGACUGGGGUCGCAGGGUACGCCGAGGGACAAGCUGCAGAUCCAGGACUCUGGAGUUGGCAGCGCUGCUGGUCCAGAGGUCUCGGGCCAUACUCUCGGCCCUGGUGAUCUGGCGUCCAUGUGGGGCGUGCUCGGCGUGAUGGCCUUCCUGUUCAACGGCAUGCGUCGGGUGGUGCCCGUUGCCCUCCAGCCGUUCGGGACCGGCCUGACCGCCGGCGGGUGGGUGGCCUACAUGUCGUCUGUGCUUUUCUUCGCCUACGCCGAGGGUUACCGCGGCUUCCAGCUCCGCUUCUCCCCGAUGGUAGUGAGGCGAGCGCUGCUGCUCAGCGGGGAGCGGGCGCCGCGCCUGCACCAGGUAAUGGCGCCGGCGUAUUCCAUGGCAUUCUUCCACGCCAAGCCGCGGCGGAAGGCGAUGUCGUACGGCCUGGUAGUGGGCAUUUUCGCGAUCGUGGCCCUAGUCAAGCGGCUGCCGUACCCCUGGCGCUCGAUCCUGGACGCAGGGCCCAGACCUACCCCACCAGCGCCGGGAGGUCGCUGUCGGCGAGGGGCAGCAGGCGUGUGCGUCGGUCUCUCCUGGGGCAUCAGCGCGACGGGGCUGAUCUUCCUGCGGGCGCUCCGCACCGGCCAGGCGCCGAACGUGGACCCGUGCCUGCCCGAUGUCUGA